AUGGCUGCCAAGCGACCAAGAAGUGAUAGUGCUGUUAGUGAAGCAAAGAAGCGCAAACACAUGACGAUAUCAGUGCAACAGAAGGUGGACUUGUUGAGGGAGCUGGAUGAAGGUGUGUCAGUGCGGGCCCUGUGCCAACACUACAACAUUGGCUCAUCAACUGUGUAUGAUAUUAAGAAACAGAAAAGUCAAAUUCUUAAGUUCUACAGUGAGUCUGAGAGUAAGAAGACCAUGGAGGCUCGUAAAACACUUAGGAAGGCGAAGAGCAGUGACUUAGACAGUGCUCUCAUUCAGUGGUUGAAGCGUCGGCGAGAUGGUAACGUUCCUGUGUCUGGCGAGAUGAUGAGAGCGCAAGCAAAAAUUUUCCACAAUGAACUUAACCUGCAGCAUGAGUGUGAGUAUUCUCAGGGAUGGUUGCAGAAAUUUAAAGCACGUCAUGGAAUUAGUCUACAUCGCAUAUGUGAUGACAAGUCUAGUCCAGAUAAAGACGCAGCUGCCAAAUUUGUGGAUGAGUUCUCCCAGUUUAUUGCACGUGAGAAACUAACCCCAGAGCAGGUAUACAAUGCUGACGAGACUGCUCUGUACUGGCGCCGUCUCCCAGAUCAAACUUUGAUCCGAGAAACAGAGGCAGAAUGUAUAGGUAGCAAAGGCAGUAAGGACAGGGUGUCUGUGCUUGGAUGCAGCAAUGCAGCAAGCACACACAAGACUAAAUUAUUGGUUAUUGGCAGAACUGUGAACCCUAGAUGCUUCAAAGGUGUGAAAGUGUUCCCUGUUAUUUACCGGGGCAACAAAGAAGGACGGAUGACAACUAAAAUCUUUCUCGAAUGGUUUGAGCGAUACUUCGUUCGGGAGGCAAGAGCUCACUGCACGUCAGUUGGCCUAGAUCCUGAUUGCAAAAUUGUUCUUCUGCUGGACAAUUGUUCAUCUCACCCUGAUGCAUCAUUGCUCGUAAAAGAUAAUGUUACGGCUUUGUACUUGCCACCAAACUGCACUUCCCUCAUACAGCCUUGUGGUCAGGGUGUUUUACGGUCUAUGAAGUGUAAAUAUAGAUCAGUGUUCAUGCAUCACGUGCUGCUGGCCGUCAACAAUGGGAAAGAUAUUCCAGCGAUUCAAAGAGAAUUCACGCUUAAGGAUGCGAUCUGGACUAUUGCUCGAGGCUGGCAAGCAGUGACGCCAUCUACCCUGAAAACUGUGUGGCACAAGCUCUGGCCGUCUGUGGUGGUGUCCGACAGUACUAGUGUGAGUAAAGAGAUUGACUUCAAGAGACUUCAAGUUUCUCAAAAGGAGGCUUUUGUCCGUGAAUUAAUGGAGUACGCCAACAGCUUAGUCAACCCCAAAGCUCAGGAGAUGAUCAGGAAUGUGGGGGAAGACAGGUUACUGGAGUGGCUUGAUGCUGAUAAAGAUGCUCCAACGGCUCACCAGGUGAUGGAUUCUGAGAUUGUCCAAAUGGGGAAAAAUGGAGGAAGUGCAACAGCUGACAGUACGGAUGAAGACAGUGAAAAGGAAAGUGACGAUGGUGAAGUGAAAGUUGAAGAACGAGUAUCGAUCGAUCAGUGCAUCCAGAUGACCACGGACUUGAUUGAAGCAUUCCAGCAACGCGACACACUGACGGAUCAAGAAAUCAUGACGCUCUACCUUUGGAAAGACCGUUUCAUCAAAGAAACGCCGAAAUUCAUAAAGCAAACAGCAGAGGACAGCUGGUUCAAGGGAGCUACUUCAGCCAGUCAACAAUCUACAACAAACUGA